AUGGAUACCCAGCUGAAAGAGAAAAAAGAAGAGUUGGGCAUUACGAAUCUCAGCUUGACGCGGUUGGCUCAACAAAAUAAGGUUCUCGAAUUACAGAUCCAGGAGAUUACAAACUCAGGCAACGCAAAUGUGUGGGAAAGUUGUGGAAAGACAUUUCUCACGACAAAGUCUGAGGAUUAUAUUUCAAAGUUGAAGCAACAAAUCAAUGACAAUAAGGACUCCAUCAGUAACUUGAAAAAGAAACAAAACUACCUCGAGACUACAGUGAAGACCACUUACGACAACAUGCGUCAGUUUUUAGGGUCCGAGGCUACCUCGCAAUCUGCAUAA